AAGUGUUCAGACCCAUUCUCCUGUGUUAAGGCGGUGGUACUGCCAACUGUAAACAAUACAGGUCCAGUCAAAAAUAGUGUGGGGUGGCUGUGCUAGUCGCUAGUACUACAAAUGUUACUUGCUCGUUUUUGAGGAACGUACGUCCCUUUUCAGAAGGUCAACUGGUGAAGAUGGUGCAGCUGCAUGUGAAGCGUGGGGAUGAGAGCCAGUUUCUGUUCGACACCACGGCUGACGCUCCUCUGGAGGCGGUCAUCCGAGAGGUGACGGCCAUUUACAACGGGAGGCUGAAAGUGGACCGACUAUGUUCAGAGAUCCCCGAGCUUGCAGACCAUGGUAUCACGCUUCCGCCCAACAUGCAGGGGCUGACAGAGGAGCAGGUUGUGGACCUGAAGCUGAAAGAUGAGUGGGAGGACAGGUGCAUUCCCAGUGGAGGACCGGUGUUUAAGAAAGAUGAGAUUGGGAGGAGGAAUGGACACGCUCCGAAUGAUAAAAUGAAAGAGGUUUUGAAGAAAACUGUAGAAGAAGCAAAGUCACUCAUCUCCAAAAAGCAAGUUCAAGCCAAUGUUUGUGUCACAAUGGGUAUGGUUAAAGAAGCCCUGGAUCAGCUGAGGGGUGCAGUAAUGAUAGUGUACCCCAUGGGGCUGCCUCCUCAUGACCCGAUAAGAAUGGAGCUAGAGGACCAGGAGGACCUUUCAGGAACACAGGCAUCUCUGCAGGUGAUUACCGAGGAUGAAUGCCAACUAUGGUGGGCGGCCAAAGAGAUGCAGAGAGGGAAGAAACUACAGGACUACAUUGGUAGAAAUGAAAAGACAAAGCUUGUGGUCAAAAUCCAAAAGAAAGGACAGGGGGCGCCAGCGAGAGAGCCUGUGGUCAACGACGAGCAGCAUAAACAGAUGAUGUUGCAUUACUACAGAAGACAGGAGGAGCUCAAGAAACUGAAUGAUGCAGACGAUGAUAGCUACCUGGACUCAGAGUGGUCGGACAGACAGGCGCUCAAACGACAGUUUCAAGGCCUCACAAAUAUCAAAUGGGGGCCGAGAUAAAGUUAACUAAAUCUCCCAAUGCCUGUGACCUGGUCCCUAACUUCUCUGUGUGCAGCUGACCUAUACGCCUUAUCGCAACCGUGAAAUGUUUCCUCUUAAGGUGACUUGAGAUUUGCUUUCCGGUUGAUGUGUUCCCAUGGCAUGACUCUGCUGACAUUUGAUGAGGCACUCAUCCGAUAAACCUCUCCUAUUUUAAAGUUGUGCUAAGAAAAAUAAAUAUUUUUACUGUACAUGAAAAGAGUUAAAAAAUAAUUGUUUCCAGUGGAAAAUUGUGUCCAGUUUUCCAUGCCUUGGAGUGCAGGGACAAGGAUGCAACACCUUUCCUCUCUUUGUCUCACAGAAGUGGCACACACACACCUCUUAAAGUCACUGCAGCACUGAGGCAGGAAGUGACCACAUAGUGUUUAUCCCACCAGAAACAAGGGGCAGAGAACAGCGGAAACCUAAUGGUUUAAACAUGUGGAUUUAAAGGAUAUUUCUACCAAACACACAUCUCGUACUAGCUCUUUGUAGAUGAGGAACAGCUGUAGACACUAAGACAGAAUCAUGUUUGGAUCUGAAGAGCUGGCAGAUUUAACUCGGUUUAUGUAAAGAGAGAAU